AAACUAUCGGCAUACUGUUUACCUAUGCGGGUUCGAUUGAUAUUGUAAGGUCAGAAUUUGUACUAAAUGAAAAGGAACUGCAGAAAAGCAACUAAAAACUGUAUAGUUUAGUGCAUUCGGGUCCCCAACUGUCGCCUAGUGAUCAGAAUUUACUUGGCGGCAUGUUGGAAAUUGUACUAUGUGACACAAAGUCAGACAAAUGUCUGUGGUGGCCGUCAGCUUAGAUUUUGAUUCCCUUACCAAUACAGAAUUUUAAAACUCUGUGAUGAAGUGGUAGACUGUUUUUUGUUCUGUUUUUUUCAUCUCUCUUCUAGAGGCAAUUCAAUAUUGUUAUGUUAUAAUCAUGUAAUCCAGUUUAUAAGCUGGUUGAAUGUAGCUCUUCCAUUCGAUCAACCAUGGAGAGAGGUGAUUCAAUUCAGAGCCAUGGGCAUGAGAAUGAUAUGUUAGACCCACUUCUCUCCAAGGAUGAAACAGUUAAAUUUGGGGAUGAGCAGGAUGAAGUGAAGUGUAGUGGAGCUCUAGUAUGGGAGGAAAUUAAGAAACAAUGCUGUAUAGCAGGGCCUAUGGCGUCUGUUAAUUUGUUACAAUUUAGCUUGCAGCUGAUAUCUGUUAUGCUGGUGGGGCAUUUAGGGGAGCUUGCGCUCUCUAGUGCAGCUAUUGCUAGUUCCUUUGCAAGUUUCUCCGGAUACAGUGUGAUGAUGGGAAUGGGAAGUACAUUGGAGACACUAUGUGGACAGGCCUAUGGGGCAAAGCAAUACCAUCAGCUUGGGAUUCAUGUGCAGAGAGCAUUUUUUGCUCUUUUUUGUGUGAGCCUACCGCUUGCUGUGGUGUGGGCAUACGUAGGCAGCAUUCUAAUUGCAUUUGGGCAGGACCCUUUGAUAUCCUUUGAAGCAGGGAAAUAUGCCAGAUGGAUGAUUCCCAGUCUGUUUGGUUAUGCAGCUCUUCAAACCCUUGUAAGAUUUCUCCAGUCACAAAGCAUUGUCUUUCCCAUGAUGAUAUCCUCUGCAAUUACUAUGUGUUUCCAUAUUCCCAUGUGCUGGGUUCUGGUAUAUAAAAGUGGAUUAGGAAAUAAAGGGGCUGCCUUGGCAAACAGCAUUUCCUACUGGGUCAACGUGGCACUUCUUUUACUAUAUAUUAAAAUUUCACCUGCAUGCAAGAGGACAUGGACAUCCUUUACAUGGGAGGCUUUGCAUGAUAUUAAACAUUUUUUCAAGCUUGCCAUUCCAUCUGCAUUCAUGAUCUGCUUGCAGUGGUGGUCCUUUGAAAUACUUAUUCUCUUGUCAGGUCUGUUGCCCAAUCCAAAACUUGAGACAUCAGUUCUUUCAAUCUGCCUUAACACUUCAUCUCUAGCAUAUAUGAUUCCCUUUGGUUUUAGUGCUGCUGUAAGUACACGAGUUUCAAAUGAACUGGGAGCUGGACGCUCACAUGCUGCCCGCUUAGCAGUGUAUGUAGUGUUAUUUGUAGCAAUCGCGGAGGCAUUCAUGAUAGUAUGUCUUCUAUUUUCUAUACGAAAUGUUUGGGGCUAUGCUUACAGCAAUGAAAAAGAGGUCGUUGAUUAUAUUGCAAACAUGAUCCCAUUUCUAGCAGCCUCAUCAUUUUUGGAUGGACUCCAAUGCAUUCUUUCAGGCAUUGCUAGAGGAUGUGGGUGGCAGAAAGUGGGUGCUUAUGUUAAUCUUGGGGCAUACUACAUUGUUGGCAUUCCGAUAGCUUUCUUUUUGGCCUUUGUACUGCAUAUGGGUGGCAGGGGACUCUGGCUCGGAAUUAUAUGUGGCCUUUCUGUACAAGUAAUUUUACUAUUCCUAGUAACAACAUGUACAGGCUGGGAAAAUCAAGCAAGCAAUGCAAGAGACAGAAUAUAUGGAUCAUCAUUACCCAUAGUUACUGAUGAUAUAAUAAAGGAUGAUGCUGAUAAGUUUUCUAACCAGUUUUCAAGUUCUUGAACGAAGGAAGUUGAUUUUUGGCCACCUUCAGCUCUAAAAUGUGUCAGGGUACUCAAGCCAUAAUUGCAAUGCCAUUACUAAAUGAAUAUUUUCCUUAGUUUAUUUAAUAAGCUUGGGAAAUACCAUGUCAGUUUGCUUCUCAGCUUCUGAUUAAAUUCAAAUCAGUGUCCACAAGGACCAUGUAAUUCUUUUCUAAUGUGCUGCUAUGUAUUAUUAUUUUUCUUGAGAA